AGAACCACACUUCUCAAAUUGUAUCUGGCAGCAUGGUUUCCCGAAAUUUUGGAACAAGAAGAUUCAUCUGCAUAAAGGGUAAGAGAUACAAUAGUCGAUUUUAGUUCAAAAGGCUAAAUGAUGGAAUUUUUAACUGAACAGUUCUAAUCCAAAGAACAGGAAUCUCUUAUCAUCUCUCUUGCUUUCCACCUAUGAAAGCCAUGAAAAAUACAUAAACUUCUGUGGGUUCCCUUCCCAGUUCAGUCAGCCAGUAUCAACAAUGAACAUUAACUAUAAUCUUAACUGCACCUUUAAUGACAAACUAGAUUCAAAAUUAUUUCCUUUUUUCUACAGCAUCCUGAUGAUUAUCAGCAUUCCUGCUAAUCUUUUAUCACUUUACAUUUCCUACUGUCAAAUCCAGAAAAAAAAUGAGCUGGGCAUCUAUCUCUUCUGUUUAUCAUUAGCUGACCUAUUAUACACAAUGACGCUACCAUUAUGGAUUUAUUAUGCUCAGAAUGGGGAUGACUGGACCUUUUCCCUACAGCUUUGCAGGCUAUCUGCUUUUCUUCAAUAUCUAAAUUAUUACACCAGCUCAGGAUUUCUUACUUGCAUCUCCCUGGAUAGGUAUUUAGCCAUAGUUCAUCCUUUCAGGUUCCAGUCUCUGCGAUCAAGAAAAUAUGCCUUGCUGAUGUCCUUUUUAGUUUGGGCUUUUGAAAUCAUGUCAAACAUUCAGAUUUUAUAUAGAACUGACUUCUACUAUGAAGUUGCAAAUACAACCAGGCAUAUUUCAUGCUAUGACACAUAUCCUCUACAACAAUGGCAAGCUUACUUCAAUUAUUAUCGCAUCUGUGUGGGAUAUUCAUUCCCAUUAGCUAUCAUGAUCUUCUGUUACCUCAAAAUAUAUCAGGCUGUAAAGCAUAAUCAAGCAACUCAAGACUGUGACAAGAAGAAAAUCAAUCAUUUAUUACUAGGCAUCAUCAUAACGUUUUUUCUUUGCUUUACUCCAUAUCACAUCAUCCUACUUCUACGCAGUAUCUUGGAGCCACAAAACUGUGAUUUUACUUCAUCUCUAUUUGUACCUUAUAGAAUUACAACAGCCUUGACUAGCAUAAAUUGUAUAGCUGACCCAAUUCUUUAUUGUUUUGUGAAUGAAACUGGAAGAGCAGAUAUCUGGAACAUAUUCAAAUGUGGUUUUUUCAUCAACCGGACAGCAGAGCAAUCCAGUGUUUCACAAAACAGAAUCUGCAGGAUUCAUAUAGCCCAAGAGCAAGUGGCUUGCGGUCUUCCAAGUGUUGCUGAACUACACUGGGAGAUAUGAUUCACCCACAUAUGGAAUGUUGAGCGGUUUCUGUCCUCGAUAUAUCUUUAAUGCCGCAUUCUGCCAAAAUAAAAUGCGAGGAAAGUUUUGUUUGUCCUGACAUCAACCAAGAGCCAGAUCCAUCUUCAGCUCAACACAAGGGCUGUUAAUGAGGAUUUGCAGCACAUUUUUAAAUUAUUGAGUUCUCCCGAAUUUUUUUUUCCUUUUCUGUUUUUCUCUCAGGAAGAAGGAAUCUAAAUCCGAAGAAAGACCCAUUUUAUCACCCAUUGCAAAUUUGUUAAAAACCAUUGCAGAAAUUGUACACUCAGCCUAUAUCUUUGGAAUGGACUUAUGGUUUGCAUUUUUUUAUGCUGUGAAAGUAAAGUAUUUGGCUUUCAGAAAGGCUGGUUGUGUAAAAUAAUUAUGGAAUUAAAUUGAAAGAUAUUACAAUUUUCAACUAUUUUGAGGCAUAAUCAGCUUUUCUAACCAGGGGACCA